AUGUUUAUAUUUAGAAAAUCAAGUUUUUUCUUUUAAAAAAAUUUAAUACUAAACUAUUCAAUAGCGAAAAUACCUUAGCAGCUAACAGCACAAAUGAGUUAAAAAAAUAUGACUGACUAUUUUAAGGCUAAGCCUGAGGCAAAAGAAAAGCCUAAGAAGAAAGUAGCCAAAAAUGAAAUGGAAGAAGAGGAAGAAGUGAAAGUAGAUAAAGUAGAAAAAAAAGAAAAAUUAGCUGGCGAAUUCCCUACAUUCGAUGAAUUUUAAGAUGAUUUAUGUUCUUGGAAAGAUAUUUUAGGAACUUACAUAAAAUCUCAAAAAUUUAAAAGUAUUUACACCUUUGUAAAGAAGGAGUAUGCAGAUAAAACAUGUUAUCCUCCUGCCCAUGAGAUAUUCAAUGUUUUCAAGUAGACUCCUCUUAAUACACUGAAAGUUGUAAUCGUUGGCUAAGAUCCUUAUCACUAGCCUGGUUAAGCUAUGGGUCUUUGCUUCUCUGUAAAAAAGGGUGUUAAGCCACCUCCUUCCUUGGUCAAUAUAUACAAAUCUUUAUCAAACGAUCCUAAGAUUAAAGGAUUUAAAACACCAAAUCAUGGAGAUUUAACUAAGUGGGCAAAUUAAGGUGUUUUUCUACUUAACGAUAUAAUGACUGUUGAAUAUGAUAAGCCUGCUUCACACAGCAAAUCUGGUUGGGCUGAUUUCACUUCAGAAGUUAUUAAAAUAAUAAACAAAGAGUGCAAAGAUAUUGUAUUCUUACUGUGGGGUAAGCCAGCAUAAAAAAAGGCUUCAAUAGUUGAUACAAAGAAGCAUCACGUACUAGCUACUUCUCAUCCAUCUCCUUUAGGCUAUAUGAAAGGAUUUGAUAAGGCGAAUUGCUUCUCUGCAUGUAAUGAAAUUCUUGUAAAGCUUGGUAAAGAGCCUAUAGAUUGGUAGGUCUGA